CUGCACUACAGGAGCCUCGUGGGCAGCAGAGCUUGUGCCCAGAUGGCAGCAGCUGCCUGGGGCAGUGGCUUUCUCAAUGCUGUCCUGCACACGACCAACACAUUUUCCCUGCCCCUCUGCCAUGGCAAUGCUGUGGACCAGUUCUUCUGUGAAAUCCCCCACAUCCUCAGACUCUCCUGCUCAGAUGCCUACCUCAGGGAAGUUUGGGCACUUGUGUUUAGUGUUUUUUUGGCCUUUUGUUGUUUUGUUUUCAUUGUGGUGUCCUAUGUGCAGAUCUUCAGGGCAGUGCUGAGGAUGCCCUCUGAGCAGGGCAGGCACAAAGCCUUUUCCACAUGCCUCCCUCACCUGGCCGUGGUCUCCCUGUUUCUUAGCACUGGCAUAUUUGCCUACCUGAAGUCCCCCUCCAUCUCUUCCCCAUCCCUGGACCUGGUGGUGGCUGCUCUAUACUCACUGUUGCCUCCAGCAGUCAAUCCCCUCAUUUACAGCAUGAGGAACCAGGAGCUCAAACAUGCAGUGAGGAAACUAUUUUAUACCUCUUCCUUCAGCACUAAUAAUAUGCAUAAAAUAGUAAUAGGAUUUCUGCAAACAAACACUCUUAGUGCAAAUUCUUGA